GCUCGCGCUCGGCUCAGGGGCGCGGGAGCUGAAGCCGGAGCCGGAGGCGGGAGCAGCGAGCCGGAGCCUCGGGCGCCCGCAUGUACGGCAUGCGUGGUCCCCGGCACCCCUGAGCCAUCGUGUGUGAGGGCUGCCGCUCUGCGCCGAGGCCUGGCUCCGAGGAGGAUGCCCCGGCCGCCCGCCAGCUCCCGUCGGCACCAUGAGUGACGAGCGGCGGCUGCCUGGCAGCGCGGUGGGCUGGCUGGCGUGUGGAGGCCUCUCCCUGCUGGCCAACGCCUGGGGCAUCCUCAGCGUGGGUGCCAAGCAGCAGAAGUGGAAGCCGCUGGAGUUCCUGCUGUGCACGCUUGCGGCCACGCACAUGCUCAACGUGGCGGUGCCCAUCGCCACCUACGCCGUGGUGCAGCUGCGGCGGCAGCGCCCCGACUACGAGUGGAACGAGGGCCUCUGCAAGGUCUUCGUGUCCACCUUCUACACUCUCACCCUGGCCACCUGCUUCUCCGUCACCUCCCUCUCCUACCACCGCAUGUGGAUGGUCCGCUGGCCUGUCAACUACAGGCUGAGCAAUGCCAAGAAGCAGGCGGUGCACACGGUCAUGGGCAUCUGGAUGGUGUCCUUCAUCCUGUCGGCCCUGCCCGCCGUCGGCUGGCACGACACGAGCGAGCGCUUCUACACCCAUGGCUGCCGCUUCAUCGUGGCUGAGAUCGGCCUGGGCUUCGGCGUCUGCUUCCUGCUGCUGGUGGGCGGCAGCGUGGCCAUGGGUGUGGUCUGCACAGCCAUUGCCCUCUUCCAGACGCUGGCCGUGCAGGUGGGGCGCCGGGCCGACCGCCGUGCCUUCACGGUGCCCACCAUCGUGGUGGAGGACGCUCAGGGCAAGCGCCGCUCCUCCAUCGAUGGCUCCGAGCCUGCCAAGACCUCACUGCAGAUCACCGGCCUGGUGGCCACCAUCGUCGUCAUCUAUGACUGCCUCAUGGGCUUCCCUGUGCUGGUGGUGAGCUUCAGCAGCCUGCGGGCCGACGCGGCGGCCCCCUGGAUGGUGCUGUGCGUGCUGUGGUGCUCUGUGACCCAGGCCCUGCUGCUGCCCGUGUUCCUCUGGGCCUGUGACCGCUACCGGGCCGACCUCAAGGCUGUCUGGGAAAAGUGUGUGGCCCUCAUGGCCAACGACGAGGACGCCGAUGAUGAGACCAGCCUGGAGGGAGGCGCCGCCCCGGACCUGGCAUUGGAGCGCUCCGUGGACUACGGCUACGGCGGCGACUUCGUGGCUCUGGACAGGACAGCCACGUACGAGCUGUCCGCUCUGGAGGGAGGCCUGCCCCAGCUCUGCCCCCUGCAGGAAGAGAGGAUGCAGUACCUGCAGGUCCCCGCCACGCGGCGCUUCUCCCACGACGACGCGGACGUGUGGGCCGCAGUCCCGCUGCCCACGGCCUUCCUGCCGCGCUGGGGCUCGGGCGAAGACCUGGCCGCCCUGGCACACCUGGUGCUGCCGCCAGCGCCCGAGCGGCGCCGCGGCAGCCUGCUGGCCUUCGCCGAGGACGCACCCCCGUUCCGCCCGCGCCGCCGCUCGGCCGAGAGCCUGCUCUCCCUGCGCCCCCUGGACGGCGGCCCGCGCCGCGCCCACGACUCUCCGCCCGGCAGUCCGGGCAGCCGGCGCCGCCGCCGCCGCCGCCCCGGGCCCGGAGCCCGCUCCGCCUCGGCCUCGCUGCUGCCGGACGCCUUCGCCCUGACCGCCUUCGAACGCGAGCCGCAGGCGCUAGGUCGCCCGCCCGCCCCGCCGGGCACCUUCCCGGCCGCGGCGGCCGCCCUGGACGACGCAGAGCCCAGCGAGGCGCCGACGCCCCCUGGCGGCGCAGAGCGGAGCCCGCGGCCGCGCCUGGCCGCGCCUGCGCACGCGGGGCCCCUGCGGACCAGCCUGAGCGCGUCGUGGGGCGAGCCCGGAGGCCUGCGCGCGGCGGGCGGCGGCAGCACCAGCAGCUUCCUGAGCUCGCCCUCCGAGUCCUCGGGUUACGUCACGCUGCACUCGGACUCGCUGGGCUCGGCGUCCUAGGGCCAUCCCAGGGGCCACAGCACCAAAGAUACCGCCUCCGUCCGGUGCCCCUAGCCGGGAUCAGGCGCGCGGCUCCUGCCUGCUGGCCUUGCCUGGGCUGUCCUCGGGCACGGACCCUCUCGCUGAGCGCUGCCUCUCCGGGGACGCAGGGAGCCCUGGAACAAGGCCACCCCCAGACAACAGCCCCACCUUGGAAGGGCGGAAAGCCACAGCCCCUGGAGCGCCAUGAGGCUCCCCCUCCUGCCCUGCACUCGGACCGCCGCACGCUGCGGGAGGGUGCACGGGUCUCUCACCAAGCACAAGGAUCUUUGGAACCCAAACAAGCUCUCCCCACAGGUCUCCCCUGUUCGGGACCUGCUCUGCCUCGGUUUCCCCAUCUGUGAUGAGCAGGUGGCCAUGUUAACUCUCAGGGCUGUGUGACAGUCUCCUGGGCCCUGGCUACUGAGUGGACCUGGCAAGAGACGGUCCAAGGCCCCCGAUGGGUCGUGGGGGUGGGGGUGGGGUCCAUCCUCGGCGUGUGGCCCUGAGGCCUCCACUCUCAGCCUCAUCCCCAAGGGAAUGCACCCUGCACCACAGCCAAGCACAACUUCUGCCUGGUCACCUCUGGCGUCACAGCCACCUUGACCACCAUUCCUUUGCCCACCCUCAGUACUGUGCCAAAGUUGCCUGUCCCCACCACCACGUCAGCCACCUCUGUGACUCCCACGUGAAGGUUGUGGGUACAUGGGGGGGAUGGGGGGGCUUGCCAGCCCCGGCCUUGCCCCCCACCUAUGACGAGCCAGCCGGGAGGAGUCCCUGGCUCAGAGGCUUCCCGGGUGGCUCUGGCAAGGUCCCCCCCAUCCCACAGGGAGGAGGGAUAGGGCUGUGCCCUCCAUCCCCGUUGGACCCCCUGCAGGUCUUGGCCUUGGGCCCUCGGUCUCCCCGACCUCAGGAGAGGCCUAUGAACAGCUUCACCCUUGUACUGGAGGCACAGAAGUGGCCUGUGUCCUGUGCCGUCUGGCCCCCAGGUGGCCAAGUCUUCCCCUCACCCUCAGAACAGGGUCACAUCCCCGGAAGAGGUUGCUGGAGGCAGGGCUGAGGGGCUGUCCCACUCCGUCUCGGCCUCAGAGGCCCUCCUCAGCUGGGCCAGGGGGUACUGGGGAUGAGCUGGCCACAGGUGAGCAAGGCCAGGGACUGCCGUCCAGCCCUGGCUGUGGGGCUGGGGCUGCCUCCUCUGGCCAAUGCUGCUGUGCCUUCAAGGACUGACGUGUCAUGAGGGGGCAGUGGUCACCAGCUAGCCACUGUCCCCCCCCCAGGCUGGCCCACUUGUCACCUUGGGUUUUCACUAUUUCAUAUCCAAUGCAAUACUUGCAGUGGGGACACAAUGCCCCCAGGAUUGCUCCCGUGCUGUCUUUACAGAAAUAAAGGCGAGGACGGACUCUGGGUCUGGGACCCUCCCUCACACUCCGUCCAGCCUCAGGCCUCUUUGCUGCGUUUUUAAGGAGCUUGACCUUGGGCUUGCUGGGGAGGGAACGGCUCCUAACCGCCCAGCCCGCAGCCAGGAAUCCAUUUGUAGUUUUUUUUUUUGUUUUUUUUUUUUGACAAAUGAGCAUUUCUCUUCUGUACAGGACUCAAUAAAAACUUCCUUAUGGU